AAAAUGGCCAAAAAAAAAGAAGCACAUUUGACAUUCGCAAUCGUCCGCGAUACAUAAAAUCAUUUUAUUCUUAUUAUUUUGAAACUUCAAGAAAGACGGAUGACCCUUGCGAAUGGCAAGUGAUAUGCACUUUUAAUCCUUCUAGAGACACAUCUUUCUGAUUUUGAUCUUGCAAAAGUGAUCACUCGCAGUGGAGAUACCGGCAAUUUAUAGGCUAUCGAAUGAUUUGAAAACACGUUUAAAUAUACGAUGAUGAAGUUUUGCCCGCUAUGUAUAAAAAAUGGCCUAAAAAGAAAAGUCAAAGCCUUUCAACUCAACUUUGAGGAAGCAACAUGGUCUUGUGAGACGGAAAAUUGUCCCUGGCCAAUUGGUUAUGAAGAAACAACGUUUUUUCAAAGAAAUGCUUUUACCUGUAAUUGGAACGAAGAACUAUCUCCUCCAAUUGGUAUUCCUGAAGAAAGUAUAUCUACAACAAUGGAAUUAUUGCUUUAUACUCCACCUGUAACUCCUGGUGGAGAGCUUUCUAAGGAAUCAAUUGACAAUGCGAACACUGAAUAUUUAAUCAAUCCUUCAUCAGAAAACAAAGUUGAUGAAACAUUAGUUAAAAAUAAAGUUAUUUAUUCAACCAAAGAACCUACAGGCUUUUUGCCAACAUCAGAAUUAAGUGAGACAGAAAGUAAUAAUAUUCUUAAAGAAAGAAGGAAUAGUACAAAAGAAGAGAAUAUAAGUGUGAAUGUUAGUAAAGCAUUGCCUAGAAUCACUAAUAUUCAAAAGGCUCACCUCGAUGUUACAUUUUUAUUAAAAAAUGACAAAUGUGAUGAUAAAAAAAUACACAAGUCUAAAGAUCCCCCAAUAGAUGCAACUAUGAUCAACAUUGCUGAAAAUACAUUAUUCGAGAAUAUGUUAUGCAAAGAGGUUGAUUUAGAUAGACAGUGUAAUAUAGAAAGUACGCAGAAUAAAAAUAGCGAAUUGAGUGAUAAAAUGAAUGAAGCAGAAACAAAUUUAAAUACAGAAUUGUUACCAGAGACUGACAAACCAAUGGUUGAUGCAAAUGAUAUAAAUAAUCUAAAUACAAUAAAUAAUUCUUCAUUGAAUAUCUCAGAUGUUAAUUUAAGUAUAGACAAUAUAAUAGAAGAUAUUUUAAGUACAGAAAAUCAUAUAACUGAAAAUAUAAAUAAUGACUGGUUACGUUCACUCAUUGACAUGUAACUUAAUUUACUAUUUAUCAAUGAUUAGAAAAUAAUUGUACAAAACAAGACUGAAAUUUGCAAUAACUAAAACAUUUUGAUGCAUUAUAAAAAACAUAAUAAAAAACAUUAUU